AUGGAAGACAUAAAAUAGGUUCCGUCCUUUCUAAUAAAAUUGUACGAAAUUCUUGAAUCUGAAUAAGCGGCGAUAUGUUGGAACAAGGAGGGAACAACAUUUCAGAUCCAAGACCCUGAGUUAUUGACGGAUCAAAUUCUGCCACAAUACUUCAAGCAUCGCAAUUACCAGAGUUUCUUGAGGCAGCUUAAUAUGUAUGGCUUUAAGAAAUUGAAAAAUAAAUAAGGGAAGAAUGAGUUCGUACAUUAACAAUUCAGAAGAGGAGUUAAAAAUAACUUACUAAAGAUUAAGCGUCGAAAUCAGGAGGAUAUAAAGCAGAGUUUGGAAACUCUGACCAAGGAAUUCUAAUCGGAAUCAUAUUUAAUUGAGCAUGAGAAAAUGAGAAGGCAGUUAAUGCAGAUGCAGUAGGAGCAACAGAGAAUAUUGUAUGAAAUCAGAUUCUAAAUGGAUCGCAAUCGUAAAUUGUAAAGAGAGACCCAGGAUAUCAUCGAUGUAAGUUACUAUAAAUUGAUGUAGAAAAUAAACCAAAUGAAAAACUAUUCAGUGGCAAAGCUUAAUAAACUCGUGCUUAUCAUAUAGAAGUUGCCUCAGGAUGCCCAAAUUAGCAAGAUGGCUAUGUUAAAGGAUAAGAUCUUACGAAAAUUGGAAACGAUUGAAUAAGACAAUUGUCAAUUAAAAGAUAUCUCUUUUGAUAAACAAGAAUCAAAUAGUUAUUAUGAGCCAAAUUUAACAGGAGUUAGAAGUCCUGCUGGAUACUCACCUAAAACUAAAUGA